CUAUCUACUACCACGCCACAAGUCAAAGGCCACAGAAAGUUUAUCAAAAUUGAAGCAGAAAAGUUGAUGAAAAUGAAGCAGCUCAUAGCUGAGUGAGUGAGUCAAAAGAAUAGAUCAUAGAUAUUAGUCGGUGUUCUCCCAUCACAACUUACACUGUUUCAAGUUUCAACAAACCAAACCAAUCAACUAUUUUGUUUGGUUUUUUGUGAGUUGCAGAGAUGGGGAGUGACCAUUGGAAGGCUCAUUUGGGCAUGGCAGUGGUACAACUAUUCAAUGGUGGCUACCAUGUUAUUACUAAAGUGGCUCUUAAUGAUGGAGUUAGCCAAUUAGUUUUCUGCUUCUAUAGGGAUCUUCUUGCUCUCUUCAUUCUUUCUCCCAUAGCUUUCUUCAAAGAAAGACAGACAAGGCCACCCAUUACUAAACAGCUACUGAUGACAUUCUUCUUUCUUGGAUUAACUGGGAUAUUUGGAAACCAGCUAUUGUUUCUUAUUGGUUUAAGUUAUACUAAUCCAACUUAUGCUGCUGCUUUACAACCAGCUAUUCCUGUCUUUACCUUUCUGCUUGCUGUGAUCAUGGGUGUAGAAAGAGUGAACUUGCAGAGUUUUGAAGGUCUAGCAAAGGUUGUUGGAACUAUUGUAUGUGUUUCGGGUGCCAUAUUGAUGGUUUUGUAUCGCGGUCCAUCUUUGAUAGGUUAUACAGAACUGAUCAUUAUACCACAGAGUGAAAUAAGAGUCAGUGGUCAGCCAGAGCCUUCUGGAUGGUUGAUUACUGGUUUACAGGAUCUUGGAAUAGAUAAUUUUCAACUUGGAGUUGUGUUCUUGAUAGGAAACUGCAUAUGCAUGGCUGCUUUCCUAGCCAUCCAGGCACCGGUAUUAAAAAAGUAUCCUGCAAAUCUAUCUUUGACAGCAUAUUCAUUCUUCUUUGGAGUUGUACUAAUGGCGGUAGUCUCGUUAUUCAUGACUGAUUUGUCAUCUGACUGGAUUUUGACAGAAUCAGAAAUACUUGCUGUUGUUUAUGCUGGAACUAUUACAUCUGCCUUUAACUAUGCAGUCAUUAGUUGGUGCAACAAGAUAUUGGGACCAGCUUUAGUUGCCCUAUACAAUCCACUGCAGCCUGGUUUUUCUGCCCUUCUGUCUCAGAUAUUCCUUGGAAGUCCAAUUUACCUCGGAAGUAUCAUCGGGGGAUCUUUGAUCAUUGCUGGUCUUUAUACCGUUACCUGGGCAUCUCAUAAAGAAAGACAAGCAACUGUUGGAAUUACUUCUGAUGGUUCUUUGGUCUCUGAACCACUUAUUAUUCAUGAAAAAAGUGCACACCAAAGUGAGCAUAUAUUUUUGGGGUCCUCUAAUGCAUCUCCAAACCCGAAAUCAUAUGAUUAAAAUAUUGUAGAAUGUCAAUAAAAGCCAGCCCUGUGUAUGAGGCUUUCACAAUGUGGUAUCUGAGAAGUGUAAAUAUAUACGCAGCCUUAUCUCUGCAAGCGGAGAAGUUGUUUUCAAGAUUUGAACACAUGAUUUGAACACUAUUUUUUAAAAUGUAAAGGCCUUAUAAAAAUUGGUUUUCUGAGUGAAUCUUUCACCGGUAAAUCUGUUCCAUGAAAUGUGUUGAAUAUUGUUUUAGGAACAACUCCAUGUAAAUGUAAUGUUUUUCUUUUGAGGUUAUUGCUGAAUGCAAUGUUACAAUCUACCUAGAGGAACCAACUUGCAUCCUCAUCAUAAUGUGCAGCUCUAUCCGCAUUUCAUUCAA